CUGGGCCGUUGUUUCCCACUGCAACUCAACUCAAUUGCGUCGGCGCUCUUACUUUGAGGGCGGAUCUAUUCUUUAGCUUGUUCCUGCUAUCAAGCAUUCGGUACCCAUUCUUCGUUCUGAAGCUCGCAGGCGCGUCGCGUCUUGGGCAGUCCGCCGUCCAUCGCUCCUGCUCCUGCAACAUCAACGUCGCGUCUAACGCGGAGGAGCCUCACCAUGGAUCCCAACAGUAACACCCAUAGACAUCAGAGUCGACUGAAGAGAGAGAUGUACGCAUCUCGUCUCAACCCCUUCAACUCCCCCCCAUCCUCUACCGGUUCCCAUGGCACCGUCAGCACGACCACCGUCGAUCUCACCACCCACAACCUCUCCACUUUCUCGUUUAGCCCCGACGGCGAGGGCACGCGAAAGUUCAGUGAAGACCUUAAGGAACCUUCCCGCCGCCCCAGUGCUGCCAGAUCUGGCCGAUUCGGCACCCGGCCCUCAACCAUCGUCAACACGUCUGCCCUCGCACGCACAUUCCCUGAAUGGAGUAGCUUAGCAUCUACCCUUCCUACUCAGGAGGUCAACCCUGCUCCUAUGGCCGACGAUGAAGGCAAGGAGAAUGUCCCUCCGCCAUACGAAGACACAGCCCCCAUCGACGACAUCCUCGACCUCAAACAGAAGCGUACUCGAGCUGAUAUGCAACCUCGCGUCGAGACUGCCUCUGACUGCUCUACCGUCCUAUCGCAGACAUCGAUUGGGCCCUUCAAGGCGUCGCGUCGUUCCCGCUUUGCCAAAGCCCAAGUUAACACCGCUUCCGGCUCGUCUAAGGAGCCCGCACGUCAGGCGGUAUCCGACUUGCUUGUAUCCAAGAUUCGCGCUGCCCAGGCUUCAGGCGAGAGACGGCCCACAUCACACCCUCCAACGUCAAAGUACGCUCCUCCAGCCUCUUCGGAGCGAGCUGCUGAGCAUAAUCAUCCAUCCUUGAAUGCCGUCGCGACCAAACACGCAUCCAGCCCAUUCAUGAACAGGAGUGGGAUGAGCGCUACUGGCCGCUCUUUCCUCCUACCCUCGCUCCAUAAUAACAUCUUCGACUGGACCUCCGGAACGCUCAAGUUUAGCACCAUGAGGAACGGCGUUCCCGUCUUUGUAAAGCAUGGCAAAGCUCGCAGUCGAUUCCAACAGGCUGUAAACGAGCAUGACACUGUCGAUGCCAUCGACAUCCCCGAGGAGGAUCAGGAGAUCUUCGUCUCGAUGGACAAACUCCGGGAGGAAGUGAAGGAUCUCCAGGACCACGAUGAAAUGGUCCAGCAAGAAGCCGAAAAGCUCCAGUCCGAGGUCAACCAGCUCCAGUCAGAGCUUAAGAGGCUCAGGGUGCGAAAACGAUCAGAUAGCGCCAUCGGUUCUGACUCGGACCAGUCCAUCAACAAGGCACUCGAUGCCCAGAAAAACAAAUAUGACGAGAAGAUUGCUCGCCUUCAGGAACGUCUGGAGCAGGCCAGCCGUCUCGUUGGCGUCAACGAUAUUCAUAGUGCGGCCCUCACCGCCGAACGUGACGAGGCUCUACACCAGGCGUCAAUGGCCCGCGAGAGGGCCAAGAGAUAUCAGGCCGAACUCGAGUCGUCACAGAAGGAUCUCGAAUUAAGUUUCAAGUACCGUCUCGAGAAGGAGACACUCGAACAAGAGAACACGUCUCUCCGAGCCGCCAACGACACUCUAUCACGGCAACAUGAUGAUCUGGUCGCCAGCAACAAGUCCCUAAACGCUCAGCACGCUAAGUUGGGUCGAGACUUUGAAGCAGCUCAACGAGAGCUAGAUUCUGUUCGUGAAGAGCUGCAUAACAUUCACGUCGAAUAUGAGAUCCUCAGCGAGCAGAACGCCAUGAUUUCCCAGGACCAUGCUAGCCUAGAGCGGAACAACGAGACCUACUUUAAGGAAAACAAGUCUCUACGCACAAAGAUCGCCUCGCAGGACCAGCGUAUCCACGACCUUGAGAAGGGCAUUGCCAACCGUGACGAGAUGAUAGACGCACUUCAAGCUGAUGUAACUCGCACCACAGAGGGGGCAGGUCUUCGGGACCAAUACACGCAGCUUGAGACCGAGAUUGAGAGGCUCAAGCAACGGCUACAAAACCAAGAAUCUGAGUUGCGGAAGAAGGACGAGGCCAUUGCUGCCAUGAGGGAGGAAAACCUCACCCUUGCCCAAGAGAACGAAAGACUCAAUACCGAGGGCAAACAGAAGGAGGACCAGUGGGUUUCGGAUCGGCAUAAGAACAUUCGAUUGAGCCAGGCCCUCAUGAAGAACGAGACUCGGUAUCUCAAGCACAUCAACGACCACAACGAAGAGUGUGAACGGCGGGAGGCGCAAUGCAAGCAGAAGGAGGCAGCACUUGCUCGGAAAGAGGCGACGCUGACACAACAAUUCGAACGCCGAAAUGCCGCCAUCAAGAAGGCGAAGCAGCUGACGAUGGAGAUCACCAACCUCUCUCUUUCUCGCGACAUCUCAGCCAAGGCAGCCAAGGUUACCCGCAUCGUCGAACCAACCAGAUCUAGCCAGUAUGCGGGAAGCGAGCAGUCUGCUAAGAGCGAUGCCCUGAACGUGGAAGACGACCCUACCACCCGGAUCGACCCGACUCUGAGCUCUGACUUUGCCAGCAUCUUCACGGAUGACGAGAUUCCCAGGCUCAAGGAGACCCUCCGGUACUUGCGCGAGGGUCAGCAGCAGCAGCAGAGUGUCGAGGAAGCAUCGGCUGCCGGGAAUACCGUCCAUACUAUUGACUCGGACCUCCCCCCUCUCCCGGGCCCUGCCAUGAGACGAACCAAGUCUGACGAGACCAUCAUCCAUAAGCAAAGCAAGCCAGCUGGCAUCCUUAAGAAGACCGGCCACUUCGUGCAGGAGGAUGAUUUUACUGGACGCUUCAGCGUUAAAUCUGGCAUUAGUCUCGUCAGCCUGCAAAGCAACCAGUCUGACAGGACCGCCCAGAGCCAGAAGUCGGCCAAGAGCCUCGUCAGUGUCCAGGGAUCUCGCCCUGAUUCGCAUCCCCAUCGCCGGACCAAGUCGGACAACGCCCGGUUCGAUACCGAGUUUUCCACCGAACACAACAUGACAUCGGCAUUCUUCGUCCCCGACAUCACCCUGCAUGGCGAGGAACACAUUACUGCCGAACAAUCUGGCCCUUCCCUGAGCAAGGACGCGCGCCGUGUCCUCGACGGUGUUUGCAACCACAAAUCCCGCAAUUGUACCGUCUGCACUCGAAUCUCAGCUCACGCCAAGUCGACAUCCACCACUUCUGAGAGCAGCGGGAAGAAGAAGACGGUUCGUGUCCAGAAGCCGAUCCCCGUCACGGACCGGAUGCCUGAGCCGGGCCCAUAUGAAGACGAGCCCACCAUGCGCCCGUCGAUGGCUCCGGGUCACGCGCUUGCCAUCGUCAUCAAGGAGAUGGAGGAUGAGAUCGCGCACCUGGAGAUGGAACUGCUGAACAAGAAUAGGCUCUACUGCAGCCUCGACAAGUCGCUCGGCCAGCGAGACCGGAAGAGGGUCAUGGCGCAGAUCCAGCAGCUACACCGCGAGCUCGAGUCGAAGAGCUCCAUCAUGUACAAGCUCCACGACGUCCUCGAGGGCCAGAAGGUAGCCGGCCAGGCCAUGACCGAGGCAGAGCUAGAGGUCACCAUCGCCAGCAUCUGUGGGCUCGACGUGACGAGCGAGAGCAAGGACGCCUCGUGGAAUGGCUGCGACUGAGUGUUUUUGGAACGGGGAGUAUCUAGCAUUUGGCAUCACUAGUACAAGCUGGUUCGCUGGUUUUUCACGAUUCAUGUCACAAAGGGGGAGUUUUGAUCAUUGGGAGUUUAGGGCAAGGGGGGGUGCUUUUUCAGUUCCCCCCACGUUACAUGUUGGAGUACUGCGUUGGCUAUGAACUGGUCUUGAUAACGACGCGUCUUCAAGCAUCUAUAUCAACACGGUAUUAGGGUUAUAGACACAUAACAGGGGUGAUGCCCUUUUGCUGAGAGAUAGCCCUCGUUGUAUUAUUAGGAUUGUUCAGUAAAAAGGUUCGAUACGGAAUGGAAUCGUUUGGC